UGGCUGCAGGCAGUCUUGCAGAGCGGAGCAUUGGUUACGCGGCGCCUCCUUCCUGAACCUGCCGCUGCCCGCCGAAGCUGCGCGCCGGCGAACCCGGUGGCCGCGCGUCUCCUGCGCCUCCAUCACCCGCCACCCGCAUCAGUAGCCGUAUGGCCGCCACCGCCUCCGCCUCCGCCGCAGAUCCGGGGACGGCGUUCAAGCUCCUCCUCUCCUGCCCCGCCGGCCUCCCUCGCUCCCGCGUUUCGGUUAAGUUUGGCCAGUCAUUCGACAGGAUUCCCCAUCCGGAUGCAGCCUUAGAGGAAUCUAUAAGUGAGAUAUGGAACCAAAGGCUUCAGUGGAACCCAUCUCUAUAUAACGGUACAAAGUUUCGGUACGGAGGACAUGCUGUGCACUACAAAGAUGACUCCAAGAAGGAGUACUGUGUCUUACUUCAUUUGGGUCUCACAGACUACAGGACAUUUGUGGGAACAAAUCUCAAUCCAUUGUGGGAGAAUUUUUUGGUCCCAUCUGAAGAUGAUUCUGUACGUUGCCAAUACAUGUCAAAUCCACUGGGCAAUGGUGCAAUUGUUGAAACAUCUGAUCAAAAGAUUAUUGUAUUGCAAAGGAGCCACAAUGUCGGGGAGUUUCCAGGAUAUUAUGUUUUCCCUGGAGGACACUCAGAGCCAGAAGAAAUCGGCAUUGUGGGCCAUCAAACUGAUGAAGAAAACCUGGCUCCUCUCACUGAACGAGUUUCACAAGAGAUGUUUGAUGGAAUCAUCCGUGAAGUGGUUGAGGAAACUGGAGUUCCUGCUAGUUCCCUGACAGAUCCUGUCUUCAUUGGAGUUUCUUGCCGAGAAAUGAAUGUUAGACCAACUGCAUUCUUUUUUACAAAAUGUGGCAUCGAUUCCACUGGCGUAAAUGAACUUUAUUCUAAAGCUCAAGAUGGCUAUGAAUCGACUAAACUUUAUGCAGUCACAAUGGAAGAGCUACGAGGAAUGAGUCAGCGAAUGCCUGGCUGCCACAAUGGUGGUUUUGCUCUUUAUGAAUUGAUGAGGAAUGAGGCCAAGAGUUUGUGAAGAUUCCGAGUUAAACUUAAACAGUCUUUCUUUUGCAGGGUUGACUUGCUGAUUGCAUGAAUACAUCAGAAAAUAAGUGUAGAGAUAUUCACAGCUGACACAGACACAGUGCGGAGCACCGCAUAUGCACACCCAUCACAUUGCUGGUCUCUAUAGUAGAUGUGCCAUUUCCAUCUUUGUCGGGCCGAUGGUCUCUCUGUACCCUUGCAGAAGCUCCGAAAGAAAUAAAAGCACGAAGCUUGAAUUUUCCUCUGAGACUGUAACAGAAAUUAAAUCUCCUGUUGUUUCGCCAACUGAGGCACCCAUGAGCAGCAUUACAAUGCUAA